CCAUUCUGCGACAACUUUCGCGUAAUCGUUUCAUCUUUCAUUCUUAGUUGCUGCGCGACCGCAGAGUCAACUGCCCGAGUCGUCGAAGAGCAAGCAUCGCGCGGAGAGAAGCUUGUUUUGCGAAUCGCCCGUCGAACGUCCGUCGCGAAGACGGACGCCACGCGGAUCGGUGCGCGUGCCUCUGGUUUAGAUGAAAUCGGUUGCAGCAGCGUCGUUGUCGUUCUUAUCUGUGCGUGAUUGCGAUGGUGUCCGGCGAUAUGCUUCCUGCGAUGGCGUCCUGCCGACCCUCCGACACCUUGGCUGGAACUUUCUGCGCCAUUGAAGCAGCCAGCUACACAAAUGGCUCGGCAAACAUCUGCAGAGCAGCAGCCCGAACAUGCAGCGAUCGUGAGAACGGAUUGCGCAAUUUGGAAAGUAUCCGUAUUGCAUGGAAGAACCUCAGCUACGCGGUAAAAUCUGGAAAACGCUUAAAACCUCUCGUGGACAACUUAAGUGGUGAGGCCUUGCCGGGUACGCUUACGGCCAUCAUGGGUCCUUCCGGGGCUGGCAAGACGACGCUGUUAAACCUUCUCACUGGGUUUUACGACAAGAGUUACAAAGGGGAAGUCCAGAUCAAUGGCCGCGUGCGCGACCAGGCGUUGUUCAACAAGCAGAGCUGCUACGUCAUGCAGGAUUAUCGUCUUCUACCCGCUCUGACCGUUUACGAGGCCAUCUCCAUGAGUGUAGAAUUGCGCAUGCCUGCGUUAUCGCAAACAGCCAAAGAGGAAAUGGUGCAACGGUCAAUAGCAGAGUGGGGAUUAGCCGAGUGCCGCAACACACGAACGGAAAACUUGUCGGGCGGCCAACGCAAGCGGUUGGCUAUUGCUCAAGAACUGGUCAAUAACCCUCCUGUGUUGUUCCUCGACGAACCUACCAGUGGCCUGGACAACGUCUCAAGCCUCAUGUGCGUCCAAGUCCUUAAAAAGCUGGCCUCUGCUGGGCACACUGUGAUCUGCUCUAUACACGCUCCUAGCGCUAAGAUAUUCUCCUACUUCGACACGCUGUACAUGGUGUCCGGUGGCCGGUGCAUCUACAACGGCAAGGUUGACGAGCUGCUUCCGUUCCUAGCACAGCGCGGCCUGCCCUGCCCCGAAUAUCACAAUCCCGCCGAUUACAUGUCCGAGCUAGCUUCGGACGAGCACAGCGACCACUGCGACAGACUAAGCACCGAGUUUCGGAUUCCCCUUCCUUGCGCCGAGCAGGGCUUCGAUUACAGCCACACCACUAUUUACGGUGGGAAAGUCAUGACGGAGGAGGAAAGAUCAGAGCAGUACCGUAUGUACUCGUUUAAAGUCAGCCAGCUCCAGCAGUUCCGGACAUUGCUGAGGAGAUGCUGGUUGUCCAUCAUCCGAAAUAAGGUGGCGACCGUGCUGCGAGUUGUGGUGUACGCAGCGUUUGCGGCGAUGUCCAUCAUCCUUUUCUAUGACACGGGCAGCCGCGCCACCACGGUGGUGCACAGCGUCAAGCUCUACUUCGUCGUGGUCUGCAUUUGCGUCGUCCAGACCGUGUUCCCUUCGACGGUUGUGUUUCCAGUGGAGGUGUCUGUAUUAGUCAGGGAGCAGCGAAAUUGUUGGUACGGUCUCAAAGCGUACUGCCUGGCGUACUACAUUGCAGAACUGCCGUUUCUAGUUCUUCCCAUAACAUUGUAUAUGGGUGCCAUCUAUUACCCGACGGCGCAGCCGCAGGAGCUCUGGCGCUUUGCCGCUAUGCUACUAUUCACCAUCCAGCUGUGUGGCGUUUCACAAGCCAUUGCGCUCGCAACGUCAGCACUCUGCACCGCGCAGUCAGCGGCAACAGUGGCAUUUCCCAUCGUAUCGCCGGCGUUCAUGUUCUGUGGUGCUUUCGCGCCUCGCCAGAUGCUUACGCCAUACGUGAGCUGGCUCACGGAGGUGUCAUUCGUCAACCACGCUUACAACGGCCUUCUGCUCUCGGCCUACGGCUACGGCCGUGCCAAGUUUCCGUGCAGCGACUUCAUAUGUGUGUACGACGACCCUGACGAGCUUCUCCGAAGCGCCGGAGUGGAAGACAGGACAAUCCACGAGUUCUGCCUUAUCCUUCUCGCUAUGGAGAUUGUCAUUCGCAUCCUAGGAUUCUUUCUACUCAGGUUCAGGCUCUCAAGAAAGAAUUGACCGAAUGCACUCUUAGUGAGCAUUGGCCGUCAAAUACGGACAUGCCCUGGACGGAUUGUAUACGUCUUCGGCUACCCAGUAUUUACGUUUUCUUACGGGCUGGGAAGAACAAGCGCGACUUUUCCGCCCAUGCUGCGGCAUCAAUGAGUGAUGCCGCUACUCCGUGACACACUAGUCAAUGUAAUCGGCUAGCUGCAGCGCUGCCAACUAUGGGCGCAUUUUCGGCGGCAACAUUCGGCCGUGUUAUUUGUGGAGCGGUGGAGAGGACGCUGGGAAUGGGGCUUGGCCUUCCAGGGGAUUCGCUACUCGUGACGUCACAGUGUUACCUCUCUUAGUCAUUGAAGCAGCGCGCCGGUAAGGACAGUCUUUCGCGCGAUGUUUACUUUCUUCCACGAAUGAUGCCUCCGGAGAAUUAAUGUGUUUUAUACAAACAGGCUCACGUGCACCGUAAGCAAAGCACUCUUAGUCUCUAGAAGCGUGACAAAUAGGAAUGAUUGAAACAUGUAACUCAUCGUUCUCCACAUUUCACGGAAAAGUUCUCUGGUAUCAAGUGCAAUGAUAUGUCAGCCUUCUGAAGUCAAUCCGAAGAGGCAGAGCUGUGUAAUUACCUGGUUCGAAAAGGUACAGAACCGAGGCUGCAGUUGAAGUCGGCAGACAACUUGAAGCCUAGGGAAUUUUACAUCAGCGGCAGCAGCAGUAUGACAUCGCAGAGCACGGUAAAUGAGAAAGAACAACGCAGGGUUCUUCUAUUACACUUGACGGGUUUGUGUUUUUAUGAUUACGUUACUACUGUGUAUUUCAUAUUUACCACAAAGCACUAGAAGUAGCAUGUCAGGUAAUCAGAGGCAGGCUAACUCUCCAGUAUCACUAGAUUGGGCAUAGGUUCGACAACGGAGAGAUGAACCAUGCCGAUUUUAUUUCAUUCUCGUGACGCCAAACAUACCUGGCCAUCGAUGCAAGCGGGGGCACGGAGAGAACCAUCACAUGUUUUUCUCGUUUGAAGUAAGUCUUCAAUUUUCAACGAAUUAUCAUGCGGGACAGGAUUUCUUUUUAGAUAUAACCAAGGAACUAUAGGCGAGGAGUAAAGAUAAGGUCGAUGUGAUGGCGUCAGUGAGCAAAAGUAGGUCACCGGGGGAAAAGGGUUUGUGCUUGUGUUCCCGAGCGUUGAUGAUGUCACGUCGGUCACGAAGGAGCAGGGAGGAGGGGAGAGGCGUCUUCAAUUGAGCCUCUUCUAAUUGUUCAACUUUCGCCAUGGCUCCUCAAAGACUGCGGUAGUGCACAACAGGGAACUGAAAAUGCUGCCAGAUAGGACACUCAGUGAGACCGCAGAGUGACGCCGCGUAUACCCACUGAAAAGGCUCAACAACGUUAUGUUGCCAAGAGGGUUAUGAAACUGCAGCGACGACUGGACAAGAUGACAGAGUUGAGCGCACAGAGCGGAUCCAGCAGCGGCGCGUCCCAUCGUCCUCGACUGCUGCGACUUACAAGUACUUCAAACAGUGAUUUGUUAAUGACCGUGGCACAGUCACCGACCUAGGAUUAAAUAAAUUAGCAUUAUUGACUGCUCCAUCUGAAGCUUUUUGCCUUUAUCCUCCACAAACAUUACACGAAAAAAUCAUGCGCGUGUGGACAAACAUAAUUAAAAG